CUUGCUUUUACGUUCAGCAAUUCAAACUUUUUAUUCUCUCAUUUCUUUCUCAUGCGGCUUAUAGCUUGAGAUAAGCUCUGUUUCUUUCACAAUAUUUCAGAUUUCUGGAAAUUUUCUUUUCUUUUUCAAUAUGGGAGCUAGAUUUUCACGUAUAGCGAAAAGGUUUCUUCCCAAGUCUAAAGUAAGGAUUUUGAUGGUGGGUCUUGAUGGUUCAGGGAAGACUACCAUCCUUUACAAGCUAAAGCUCGGUGAAGUUGUCACAACAGUGCCUACUAUUGGGUUCAACCUCGAGACGGUAGAAUACAAAGGCAUCAAUUUCACUGUAUGGGAUAUAGGAGGACAAGAGAAGAUUCGAAAAUUGUGGAGACACUAUUUUCAGAACUCGCAAGGACUAAUCUUUGUGGUGGAUAGUAGUGACAGUGCAAGGUUAUCAGAAGCUCGUAAUGAGCUGCAUCGAAUAUUAACCAAUAAUGAACUACAGAAUGCAUGUGUACUCGUCUUUGCGAACAAGCAAGAUUCAAGAAAUGCUCUACCGGUGGACCAAGUUGCCAACAACCUUGGUCUGCACGGCCUAACCAAACGCUGUUGGUUUAUACAGGGAACAUCAGCCAUCACUGGGCAAGGCUUAUACGAAGGACUUGAAUGGCUCUCCAAAACUAUACCUAACAAAACUGAACGAUCUAGUUCGCUUGGUAGUUUCCGAAGUGAUUCUUCCGAGAGAAGGCUUGUACGAGGUGUGAAGUAUUAAACUAUUAGUAGACUAUGUUUUCUUCUAAGUUCUAUGUAUUUGUAUGGUUAUCGCCUUUUGUUGUUUUUUCAUGUUUCUCAAUGACUUCUUAAGAACCGUUCACUUCCGAUCGAUCCUAACCGCUCUAGUUCAAUUGAUUUGUGCUUGAUUC